AUGGCCCAGGAACGGGGAGAACCCAUCGCCAACUACUUGAACAGGUUCAAGGAAAAGCUGACAAAGGUCAACGUCCCGGAGGAUGCGGCAAUGGCAGCCUUCAGAAAGGGCCUGAUCCCUGGAUCACCAUUACGAAAGGACCUCAACAUCCGGGAACCCAAGGACCUCGAUGACGCGCUGCAUCGAGCCUCCAGAUUCGCACUGGACGAGGAGGAGGAAGCCCGAAUAGCCGCAAAAACCCAGGACGAACAACCAUCGCAUCCCCCUAAGGUUAAAAACCGGGUCGAACACCACGAGCCCCGCAAGCACCAUGAACCUCAAGAUCGCAAAAAGGGGGUCAUCCACGCAGUCUCCGAGGUGGACGAUCAAGAGAAGCAGCCAUCCGAUCCGAAGGAACUCUACUGUGAUUUUCACACAUACCCCGGUCACUCCACACAAGAGUGCGUCCACCUGAAAAACUACCUGUACGUGAAGUAUCUCUCCGGAGAAGUUGAAGCUACUUAUCAGCCAAAAAGCGCUCGUGGAGGCAGAGGUCGCCGAGGGGGAUGGCGCGGAGGACGAUCUAACCGAGGCCAUGGUGCAGGCGGCGGACGGGGUUAUGAUGGACCACCCAACGCAGCCCAACAGCUGGUCAACCAAGCACCCGCCAAUCAUCAGGAGGAGGCGCCCCAAGCAGACGAACUGCCUGGCCCUCCCAAACGACAGAGGGGACAAAACCCGGAGCGGGUCAAUUCUCCUCCCCGUGGACGAAUAACCACGAUACUUGGUCCACCAGAGGACUGCGCAGACUCCGUUCGCGCACUAAAAAAGAGGCACGACAAGUUUGCGUCCUUCAAACUGCUCCGAGCGAGCCUUCACUCUGUUCGGACCCGAUAUCAUUCACUUUGGAGGAUGCCAAAGGGAUCCAACACCCCCAUUCAGACCCUUUGGUUAUCGAAGUCUCGAUGGGCGACUUCGACGUCGAGCGAGUCCUGA